AUGAAAUCUGAGAUAAGCAAAACAGCAACAUUUAAGGUACGACACCUCUACAUCAUAUGUGAAGGGGAUCAAGGGGAGGCUCAACCGGUUGCCAUCGGCGACAUGUUCAUGGACACCGUCAAGAAGGGAAAGCCUGAUCUCCUAAAUCCCAAGGGUGAAAUGAAAGGCUCUACUAUCACUGGUCCAAUUGGGAAUGAGUGUGCUGAACUCUGGACCAGGAUUGUUGAAUCCCAGACAACGUCGAAUUGUUUUGUCUCUGUUUGA